AUGACACUCAAGAUAACCUUCAGCGUUAUUGUUCUGGUAUGCCUCAUUCAAAUAAUUAAUUGUGGUCUAGAAAGUAGAAGUACCGAUUCAGAGAAACCAUCAGGUGGCAGCCCGAAAACAGACGGCUCAGGGACUGAUAGCGGAGGUGGCUCAACUACUGGUGGCAAAACCGGGUCGGAAAAUGGAGGCAAAGGUGACUCGGGAGCUUGUUCCAAAUGCGCCUCGGGGAAUAAAGGUGCAGAUGGCGCUGGAGCUGGCGACAAAGGCGGUUCUGAAACUGACGGUGAAGGCGGCUCAGAAAAAAGUGAUCCCAUAAAGGAAAUAAAAUCUAAGUUAGAUAAUCUUUUUAAAAAGUGGUUUAGUUCAUUCGGCCUAAAGAGCCGCAGCAGUGGAUAG